AUGACUUGUCCAAAGCUUGAUUACGAAGCCGAAUCUAAUGAAAUCAGCAAUGAUCACAAUCAUAACUCGAAAUUCCGAUAUAACGCAUUAUCGUGCUACUUCAACAAAGGAAAAAACCCCAUCAGAUGUUCUUUUGCAAGUAGUGGAAUUGUAAUUGUAAUGGCGCUAAAAUAUGUACCACAUUGUUCAAGAGGUUUGGGCUGGUCAUGGAAGACCCGGUACUUAAAGAUUCUUCAGGUAUCGUACGUAGUUAGGAGUGGGUAUAUAAACAGGAGUGAUCAGGAAUUCCCUGAACGCAGAAAAAUGCAAAUUAAUGCCGUGUGUAUACAUAUGAGCUUCCAGAGACAAAGUUCCCUUCUCAAAAUGCCCUUGCCACUACAUCCUUUCAUUUUGUUGACAAGUUACGUAACAUUGAGUAUGCAACAACAACAAUCUGCUGACGAUAAUACCAUUGACGAUAGUAGCAGAGAUGAUGAUGAUGAUGAUUGUGCAUUUAUAUCAGGUCAGCAUUGUGACCAAAAUGGUAUUUGUAAAUACUGCGCAAUGUGUCUCCAGAGCUCAUGUAUCUUAAGCAAAACAAUCGAUAACAAACAGCCAUUAGAUCCAAUAAACCAUAACAAUUGCAACUCAACACAAUUUGGCACUACACAUAUAUAUGAUUGGUACGACUAUUGUUUGUCCAGCGGAAAUGAUAGCAAUGGUGAUUAUUGUGCAACAAGCACCGAAUGUUAUCAAUAUCGAAAGAGUGUAGAACCAACAGUAACCUAUGCUUGGCAUAAUUUGACAUGCAAUCCGACUACUUGCAUGUUAACGGCAAGCAACGGUUCAGCGCCACCUAUUCCUGUAUCACCUUCGACAUUGACAUCUACGAACGGUAGUAAUAGUAGCAGUGGAUCAAGCAAUAAUGGAACCGGGAGAUUGCAACAAGAAAACGACAGCAAAAAAGAUGAGAAUUCAGCUUCCUCUACAGUAGAACACAAUAGAGGACAGCAUCAUUAUUACCAUUUUAGAAAUCCAGCAAUGGUCGCAUUAACAAUAAUAUGUUCUCUGCUGUUACUUAUAGCAAUAUGUUGGACACUAAAUUUUUGUAGGAAAAGGAAGUGGUACAGUAACACAAUUCUAACCUCCACAGGAGAUAUACUGUCUCGUCAACGUAAUAAAAGAUCAUGGCUUAAAAACUCGUCAAAAUUCACUGAUGGUCAGCAGCAGCAGCAACAACAGCAGCAGCAAAGACGAGUACCUUCCAUGCAAGAAUCAAUAUCCUCAAUUCCCAGCACUGCACCACCGUCAUUCUCUACUAUCCCGUCCGAAAUGGUCACUAUUCCCAAUACAAAUCUUGGCGCGGAGCAUCCACAUUUACGUGUAUAUACAACAACAACAACAACAACAACAAGAACAACAGGAACAGCGAGCCAACAAUUCAAUACAAGCAUUAAUAACAAUUCAGCACGAUCGUCGAUUAAUUCAAUGAUUGCCACUAAUCCAAUAGCUGUUACGAGCGGUGAAUCCUUACCAUCCUACUUAGCACCUUACCUUUCGCCCCCAAAAUAUGAGCAAGCCAUAGUUACACAGAUCAGAGGAUUAAGAGAGGAGAGCAGCAGUAACAGCAGUAGCAGUAAUAAUCUAGUAGCAGACGCGGCGGACCCUUAUCAUUGCGAAAGUGCUGCUCCUAUACCGUCUAUGUGGGUUCCGGUUUACUUCGCCCCGCAAAAUCUACAUAAUGUUAGUAGUGUAGGUAACAGCAGACGAUUCACCACCACCGUCACUAAUGAUAAUAGCAAUUCUGAUACAGCUGAUCUCGUUAGACUCCCACAUAACCAUCCUAUACAUUCUUAUUGGUUGCAGUUACUAGCAAGGAAUAGCAGCAGUAGUAACAAUAAUGCCUUUGUCGGCCCUCUUCUUGUAAGGACCUCAACAGAAAACAAUAAUGAAGCAGACCUUGGCCCGAUUAAUGGAAGAGGCCAAUAA